AUGAGCACCACUGCCCUUCCCGCCAGGGCGGGCCUUCGACGCAACGUCACCGUGGACUCGACCCCCUCCACCGUCUCCAACUCCCUCGCUGGCACCCCCGACGACUCGCCCACUGGCUCCGCCUCCUCGACAUCCUUAUCCUCCCUCGGCUCCGUCGAGGACUUCCAGAAAGAGCCCGAGCAGAAGCUGAUCGACAGCUACGGCAACGAGUUCAAGCUGCCCGACUACACCAUCAAGGACAUAAGAGAUGCCAUCCCCAAGCACUGCUUCGAGCGGUCCGCCGUCCGUGGUCUGAGCUAUGUGGCCCGCGACAUCGCCACCCUCGGAGCCACCUUCUACGCCUUCAACAACUACUGCACACCCGAGUAUGUGCCUUCGAUGGCACUGCGAGCAGGUCUGUGGGCGGGCUACACCUUCGUGCAGGGCCUCGUCGGUACCGGUCUGUGGGUGUUGGCGCACGAGUGCGGUCACCAGUCCUUCUCUCCCAGCAAGACACUGAACGAUACCGUCGGCUGGGUUUGCCAUUCGGCACUCCUGGUUCCCUACUUCAGCUGGAAGAUCAGCCACGGCAAGCACCACAAGGCCACUGGCAACCUCGAGCGUGAUAUGGUUUUCUGCCCCCGUACCCGAGAAGAGCAUGCCAAGAGGGGCGGUUUCGUGUCGGAGGAGAUGCACGAGUUGCUGGAGGAGACGCCAAUCUACACCGCCACCCAUCUUCUAUCGCAGCAGAUCGGCGGCUGGCCAAUGUACCUCUUGUCCAACGUGACUGGCCACAACAACCACGAGAAGCAGCCUGAGGGCAAGGGAGCAGGGCGUAAGAACGGCAACGGUAGCGUCAACCACUUCAACCCGAAGAGCCCGCUGUACGAGAGGAAGGACGAGAAGCUCAUUCUGCUUUCCGACUUGGGCCUGCUCAUCACCGCCUCCAUCCUGUUCCUCGUCGGUCGGACGUACGGCUUCACGAACCUGCUUGUGUGGUACAUCCUGCCGUACCUCUGGGUAAACCACUGGCUCGUCGCUAUCACCUUCCUCCAGCACACCGACCCCUCCCUCCCCCACUACACCGGCGCGACGUGGAACUUCGCCCGCGGCGCCGCAGCCACCAUCGACCGCGAGUUCGGCUUCAUCGGCCGCCAGCUCUUCCACGGCAUCAUCGAGACGCACGUCCUGCACCACUACGUCAGCACCAUCCCCUUCUACCACGCCGACGAGGCCACCGAGGCCAUCAAGCCCGUCAUGGGCCAGCACUACCGCUCCAACACCGAAGGCGGCUCCAUCGGCUUCAUCCGCUCCCUCUGGAACAGCGCGCGCUGGUGCCAGUGGGUCGAGCCGAACGAGGGCGCCAAGGGCGAGAACGCCAACGUCAUGUUCUUCCGUAACCGGAAUGGGCUGGGUGUGCCGCCGGCGGACCUUUCGAAGGCGUUGCAAGAGCAGGAGACGAGAGGUCGGAGGGGCCGGAUGGUGGAGGUGGAGGAUGAUAGCGAGUGA